AUGCUCGGUCUCCUCUGCAAUUUCAAAGACCAAGACGGCGACUAUGUCUCGCGCCUCCUCCCCACCUCCUCCGCCUGCCCGCUCCGCGCCGACCACAACUGGCGCGCGCUCGACGCCCGCCACGGCCGGGUCCUCCUCAGCUUGCUCUUGGGUCUCUACCUCAGCGUCUGGGACCCCAUCACGGACGGGUGGCACCAACUGCCCCCGGUGUCAGACGUUUGGCAACCGGAGUGCUGGAACACGGCCGUGCUCUGUGCUUCCACAGCCAGCGGCGCCUGCGACCACAUCGACUGCCGCAGCGGACCCUUCAUUGUCGUUGCCGUGGGAUGCAGCUCCCAUGAGAUGUGCUUGUGCGUUUACUCAUCGGACUCCAGCUCCUGGAGUGAGCUAACCUUUGUCCCUGGGACACACUGGGUCCGUUUGGUGCCCACUGCCCUUGUGGGGACCGCACUCUACUUUGUGAUUGAUGCCAGCAGUAGGACUCUUAGGUAUGAUUUGGCUACACGGGAAACAUCUGUAAUUCCCCUGCCAACCAGGUCAAUUUGGCACAAUACUAUGCUCAUGACGAUGGAGGAUGGUGGGCUGGGAGCUGCAACAGGGCACGGUGUAGCCAGACUGUCCCUCUGGUCAAUGGAGGCGAAUCCCAAUGGAGACAUUGGAUGGACACAAAUCCGAGUCAUUGAGCUUGGGAACCUGUUCACUGUUAAUCCCCUCUCCAUCUCUUCGAACUUUGUUGGCUUCGCUGAUGGACAUUGGAAGCAGCAGCCGCCUCUACAAGUGAGGAACCAACUACAGGUGCUUCAAGUGCAUCAGAAGCUUUGCUCGAGUGGAAAUUGGGUAUUGGUAACCAUAACGAGUGGCUAUGCAACAUCACGCGGCUCAUGGCCUUCAACGCGAUUCGGGCUCCCCGGCUCCAUCCCGGAGUGGCUAGGCGCCGGGAUAGAGCCGACUUUCCAGUCCCUCGGGCACCUGCGGUGGGCCGCGUGGGGGACGCCGAUGCAGCAAUGGGGACGUGGUCACCGUGGCCAGGGUCCGCAGGCGGCGAGGACGAACGCGGCGUGCGAGGUUCAUCAAGUCAGUGACGAGGAGGAACUCCACGGCGGCGUACCGGCGGCAGGCCACCUCCCACUGCUCCAAGGCGUCCGGCGCAUCCUCCAAGGCCUCCCUACGGCGCGGCCCUCUUCCCUUCACUUUCGUAGAGCGGGAGCGUGGGAGAGCGCGAUUCUCCGCGCCAAAGAGAACCCGACGCGAAUUGCUUCUGUUCCGCGCUGCCUCCCUCUCACCCCUUGUUUUUCCUCACGAUCGCUAAGAGCCAUUGGAUCUGAUUUGAACGCAUCACCGAAUCUGCGUCCGGGCGCUACGGACUACGGGCUACGGCUGAAGCCUGAGGGCAGCAGGGAGCAGGCAGGGAGGCGGCGGCGGCGUCCAGACUCCAGACAUGGCAAGAGAGGUGAGUCCAGCAGCGUUCCUCCUCUUACGAGCUUGGCCGACGCGCCGGUCGAGGGCACCGCCGUCUCCAGCGGCAGGAUGGUGAAGCUCAAGGACUUGGUCCCGGCCGCGACCAACACGGUGAACACGACGUUCAUCGUGCUCGACAAGGCGGCGCCGUCGGCCCGCCCGUCCCACCGCCACCCGCACGCCCAGGCCCGCGACGGCGGCGGCGGCGGCAGGGAGGAGAAGGAGGUGACGUGCCUGGCGCUGGUGGCGGACGAGACCGCGGCGGCGCACUUCCUGCUGUGGGGCGGCGAGUGCGGCGCGUUCGAGCUGGGCGACAUCGUGCGGCUCACGGACGGCAUCUUCUCGUACCACAGGGGGAACGCCCUGGUGCUGCGGGCGGGCCGCCGCGGGCGCGCCGAGAAGGUGGGCGAGUUCACCAUGCUCUUCGUGGAGACGCCCAACAUGAGCGAGGUCCAGUGGGGGACCGACCCCAAGGACGGCCGGAGGAUGGUGCAGGAGGCCGUCGUCUCGCCCUACUCCCAGAUCUUCAAGCCGCUGCGGUGA